AUGAUGGCGGGCAAUCGUCCAUUUUUCUACGACUUCGAUGACUACUCGCCGUCUGAGAGUGACACCACUUCAACCACCUCUUCUUCCGACUACGACGAUGAAUUCACUCAAAAACAGCACCCGCCCGAACCAGCAGUCCGGAAAAGACUUCAACGCCGCGGCACCGACAAGAGCUUCGGAAAAGGAGGGGCUCAGAAAUGUGAGGACAGCAGUGGAGACAGCUUAGGCACGUCCGCCAGACGCUACUCGCGCUUCUCGAUAGAAAACAAAUACUUCAAGACGAAGGGGAAAGUAUCGAAGUUGGAUGGCCGGCUGAAGAUAUCGGUCAAUGAGACUGCUAAUAGCGGAUGGUUGGCAAAGGCGCUCGGCUCUGGCAUUAGGUCUCACCUAGGCCUUAUGCAAGGGGAGGAGGAUGAGGAAUCCGAAAGCAAUUGGCAAGGCCACGAUGGGAAGCAUGAGCAACAGGUGAUCGCGGAUUCCCUGGAAACGACCAGGCAGAAGGAAAAGCUCACAAAAGGGAGAGAAAUCGUCCAGACCGCUCCGAAACAGAUCCCGAAACUGAACAUCGUCAUCAUCGUCAUUGGCUCUCGAGGGGAUAUCCAGCCUUUUCUGAAGAUUGGCAAGAUCUUGAAGAGCGAACAUGGUCACCGUGUUCGCAUUGCCACGCAUCCGGCUUUCAAAGAGUUUGUGGAGAAGGAUUCCGGGCUGGAAUUCUUUUCUGUCGGUGGUGAUCCGUCGGAGCUCAUGGCCUUCAUGGUCAAGAAUCCAGGAUUGAUUCCCUCAGUCGAGACGGUGAAGGCGGGUGAGAUCGGUAGGAGGCGGAAAUCGAUGUACGAAAUGUUCAAUGGAAUGUGGAGAGCUUGUAUCAACACCACAGAUGACGAAAAUGAUCAAGAGAAUCUGAAGAUGAUGGGAGAAAAACAUCCCUUCAUUGCGGACGCCAUCAUUGCUAAUCCUCCCAGUUUCGCUCAUGUCCAUAUCGCAGAACGACUAGGAGUCCCUUUGCACAUGAUGUUCACAUUUCCGUAUACUCCAACCACGCAGUUCCCGCACCCUCUGGCAAACGUAAAACAGAGCAAUAUUGACGAGAGUUAUACCAACUUCAUGAGUUAUCCACUCGUUGAAAUGAUGACCUGGCAGGGUCUCGGCGAUCUCGUGAAUAAGUUCAGGGUUAAGACUUUGGGUCUGGAACCUGUGAGCACAUUAUGGGCUCCUGGCCAGCUGUAUCGACUGAAAGUACCCUAUACAUAUCUCUGGUCUCCGACACUUAUCCCCAAACCUACAGAUUGGGGUCCAGAAAUCAACGUCGCAGGCUUCACCUUCCUCGACCUCGCAUCCACUUUCACGCCACCCGAUGCGCUCGUCAAAUUCCUCGACGCAGGGCCACCACCCGUCUACAUCGGCUUCGGCUCCAUCGUAGUCGACGACCCAGACGCCUUCACGCAGAUGAUCUUCCGCGCCGUCUCCCUCGCCGGCGUCCGCGCCCUCGUCAGCAAAGGCUGGGGUGGCAUAGGUGGCAGCAGUAGUAAGCAGCAGAGCAACUCCUCCUCCUCUCUCCCGGACAACAUCUUCCUCCUCGACAACACGCCCCACGACUGGCUCUUCCCGCGCGUCGCGUGCGUCGUGCACCACGGCGGCGCGGGCACGACGGCCAUCGGCCUCAAGUGCGGCCGCCCCACCAUGAUCGUGCCCUUCUUCGGCGACCAGCCCUUCUGGGGCGCCAUGGUCGCGAAGGCGCGGGCCGGUGCGCACGAGUGCGUGCCGUACAGGAAGUUGACGGCGGAGAAGCUGGCAGAGGGCAUCAGGCAGUGCCUGGAUGAGGAGGAGGGGGAGGCGGGGCGGAAUGCGGCGCGCUUGGCGGAUAGUAUUGCGGCGGAGGGCGAUGGCGCGGAGAAUGCGGUGAGCUCGUUUCAUGCGAGCUUGCCGUUGCGCGUUCGGGAAAGACAGGGGGAUGGAGGAGGCGAGAUGGAGCACUCGAUGCGGUGCAGUGUUUUGGAAGACAGGGUCGCGGUGUGGCAGCUGAAGGAAAAGAAGCACGGAAAGAGGAAGAAUGGCAGCGGCGACGGCGGCGAAGUUCUCAAGCUGAGCCCUCUGGCGGCCGAGGUGCUGACAGAGCGGGGCAAACUGGAGUGGAGCGACUUGCGGCUGUCAAGGACUUACGACUGGAAUGACUUCGACGGACCCGGCGAACCCAUCUCAGGCGUCGGCGGCGCUGUGACCGGGACUGUGGUGGCAGCCGCACAAGGCGUCGGCUCGGUGCCGGCGAGGGCCAUGAGGAGCGUGAAGAAGCACGGCCAACACGAGAAGAGAAAAUGGAAGCGGGCGAAGGAGAAGAGGGAAAGGAUCAUCCAGGAAGAAGCUGCCCGGGAUUUGCCGUAUCAGGACUACUUCGCAGGUGAACCCGUCGAGGCCACAGAUAGCAGCAGCAACACCAUCGACUCCCAAUCCCAACAAGAAAGUCGGCAGAACGAUCCCUCCUCCUCCUCCCUCAAGGCUUCCCCCGGCGACGAGCAUCACCACCACCACCGCCCCAGCCCUCCAACCCGUGCAUCCACCACCCCCUCCAACCCCCUCCCCACCGAGCUCUGGCGCACCGCCGGCCACGGCCUGCACCAGUCGGCCUCGGCGCUCGCCCGCGCCCCCGUCGACCUGGCGCUCGCGCUGGCCCAGGGCUUCCACAACGCGCCGCGCCUGUACGGCGACGACACGGUGCGGCGGCCGGUGCGCAUCACAGGCUGGCGCUCCGGCCUGCGCGCGUCGCGGCAGGAGUUCGUGUACGGCGUAUACGACGGCUGGACGGGCCUGUGGAGGCAGCCCGCCCGCGGCUGGCGCGAGGGGCGGGCGGUGGGCGCGGUGAAAGGCGUGGGAUUGGGUGUGGGGGGCGUGGUGUUGAAGAAUGUGAGUGCGGUGGUGGGGCCCGUGGGGUACUGUGCGAAGGGGUUGCAUAGGGAGGUUAGGAGGUGGAGGGGGAAGGAGGAUGGGUGGGUGCCGUUUGUGAGGAGGGUGAGGAUGAUGCAGGGGAGGAGGGAGAUGAGGAGGUUUGGGGGUGAUGAGGAGGCGAGGAGGGAGGUUGAGGAGAGGGUUUUGCGCGUUUGGGAUAAGAGGUUCGAGGAGGCGAACGCCCCAAGUGGAGGGGCUGGACAGAAGUCGAGGGAGAAGAGGGAGAAGAAAGAUAAAGGCGAUGAUAAGACGCCGAUGAAGGAGCUGGAGCGGCCUGUCCCGAGACGAAGGUCAACCUUGAAGAAAAGGCAGCCGCCGCCGCGCAGGCGUACGGGUGAAGAAGUGAAGAAGCCAGAAGUUGAGCUGAACAAAGAGAGGGAAGAGUCCGCCUCCGCUCUGACGAGCGUCAAAGUCAACGGCGUACCCGAAGCGCAAGGGAAAGAUUCUAUGGCUGAUGGCUUGGUAGCUCCGAUGGAGGAGAUUCCUGGGAAAUCAAGCAGUGAGGGAAGAUCAGACCAUGCGUUGGUGCGUAGCGGGUCUGACACGGUGGAUUUUGCGUCUGCAAAAAGGGCCGGCGAAGGGAACAGGAUGAUCAAUGGCGUUGAAUUUGUUUAA